AUGUCUUUGGUCUUCAACUGCCUACGUUCCCUCGGUGUCCAUCGGCCGACCCAGCUACAUCACCGUCUACGCAGGGCCAAAGGUAGCUGGAACAGCAGCCAAAGUUGGGAAACACCAUGGAAACACCAAGUACCGCCCAAUGCCGACACGGGUUUGUCCAUGACCUCGGUCGAUAACCUUCUUAUUUCCCACAUGAUCCCUAAGAUUUGUAGCUACGAGUCUCUCUAUCUGUCUAUCAUGAUAUCAAGAAAAAACUCCCCCGUGGAACAUACCUCCGCAGGACACUUUAAUUCCACGGACCACCGAGGCACCUUCCCACCCUGGGCCAAGAGCUCGAGGCUCCCUUGCAAACUGGACAAGAAAAAGAAGUAUUGUGAGCUGGCGCUCCGAAAGGACACAGUUGUCGUCUUGAGCCUCCCUCAUAAACAGCUCGGUGACUACAAACUCGGCUACGAUACAUCAACGUUUCGUUUUACCCACGACCGACAGACCUUGCCCUGUGCCCCCACGGUCAAUUGGGCUAUUGGCGACCGCACAUUGAAAGAAAAGCAACGAUACCGGCUUUGA